GCCCCUCCCCCCUGUGCAGUGUAGACGGGACUGUAGGUGUAAACCCGGAGCGCGGAAGCCGGAAGUGUCAGAUUAUUAGAGUGUUUUUAUUUAAGGAAGAGAAGGUCUAAUGGUCUGGUAGUCUGGAGGUAAAUCAGAUCUCUUUAUUACACUUCAUACUGCUCUGUGAGCCAUGGCGGAGGCUGAAGAUUGUCCUGAGCAGAUUGAUGAUGUGGAAAUGUCACUGCGAGGAAUUAACAUGCUGCUGAACAACGGCUUUAGAGAGAGCACUGAGAUCUUCCACAGGUACAGGAAUUACAGCCCUCUGAUGAGCGCCGGUUCGAGCUUCGUCAGUUUCCUGAAUGCUAUGAUGACGUUCGAGGAGGAGAAAAUGCAGGUGGCGUGCGAGGACCUGCGGGCUACCGAGCGGCUGUGCGAGUGCGGCAGCUCCGGCGUGAUCCAGACAAUCAAGAACAAGAUUAAGAAGAAUGCAGAGGGUCAGAGGUCAGAAGUGACCGUGAUUGAUCGGCUGCAGAGACUCAUCAUAAUAGCCGAUUGUCAGGUUUAUCUGGCCGUGCUGUCCUUCAUCAGGCAGGAGAUCUCCGGAUAUAUUAAAGCAGGCUGGACCCUUCGUAAAGCCUGGAAAAUGUACAACAAGUGCUACAAUGAGAUCACUCGGUUGCAGGACGUGUGCCAGAGAAGAUGCUCAGAACCACAGGGGGCACUUACUUUUGAUCAACCCAAAGCGGUCCGUUCGAGCGACAGUCCUGAAUCUGAGCGUAAACCUGAACCCAGUCAGGAUCAUUUCCCGGCUUUUGUCUCAAAGGAGACAUGUGCGUCCGAACAUCUUAAAGACAGCCGCAAGUCGCCUUCCGGUCGACCCAAACACGGCCCCAAGUCUCAGCCGCGGCUCGAUCCGAGCGUGACCACGGAGUCUCUGGGUCGACUCAAGGGUUCGGUCAGCUUCGGAUAUGGUCUGUUCCACCUCUGCAUCUCUAUGGUGCCUCCUCACCUGCUGAGGAUCAUUAACCUGCUGGGGUUCCCCGGUUCACGCCAGGAAGGGCUCAGCGCCCUCACGUACUCCAGCGAAAGUAAGGACAUGAAGGCCCCUCUCUCUACACUGGCCCUGCUGUGGUACCACACAGUUGUACAGCCCUUCUUUGCACUGGAUGGCUCUGAAACAGAGGCAGGACUUCAGGCUGCUAAAACCAUACUUCAGAAGAAAGAAGCUGAAUAUCCAGACUCCUCACUCUUCAUCUUCUUUAAAGGACGAGUGCUGCGACUCGAGUGUGAGAUCAGCAGGGCUUUAACAUGCUUCAACAAUGCCUUGGUGCUGGCUUCAGAACAGAGGGAAAUCCAGCAUAUCUGUUUAUAUGAAAUUGGUUGGUGCAGUAUGAUGGAAAUGAGCUUCUCUGAAGCGUACAGAGCAUUCGAACGUCUGAGGAUGGAGUCGCGCUGGUCCCAGUGCUACUACUCCUACCUCACUGGAGUGUGUCAGGGAGCCGCUGGUGAUCUGGACGGCGCUUGUAUGGUAUUGAAAGAUGCGUCUCAGCUUUUCAAGAGGAAACACAAUCAAAUCGAACAGUUUUCCAUGAGCAAGGCUGAGGAUUUAAGGAAUCCCAGGCCUACGAAGGAGCGAUGCACAAUGGCCGCAAUCGAGGUUCUGUAUCUUUGGAAAGCUCUUACUAACUGCUCCACUGCCAACCUGCAGCUCAUGAUAGAAGUUCUACAGCAGAUGGGCGGUUCUUCAUAUUGCGGCCUCAAACACCUCCUGCUGGGGGCAGUGCACAAAAGCCUGGGCGACAAUGCAAACGCAGUGCAGUUUUUUCAGGCAGCGUUUGGAGACGAAGAAGGGCGUGAAAGUAACUCGUACGUGCAGCCUUAUUCCCUCUAUGAGCUGGGAUGCGUGCUGCUCGAAAACCCUGAGUCUACAGCCAAAGGAAAAGCUCUGCUUGUUCAAGCCAAGGAGGAUUUCUCAGCGUAUGAUUUCGAGAACAGGCUCCACGUGCGAAUCCACACAGCUUUAGCUUCGCUUACAGCAACGACUCCACAAUAACCCAGAGAUUUCCUGCUUGCAAUACAGGACACACACAAAGCCACCAUUCAGGAGUCAAAAAGGAAGGUGCAUAGCCUCAGGCUGUUACUAAUGAUCAUGAAUGAUCUGAUCGUUUUUGUUUGUUUCCUGAAGCGCACUUUAUAUAUGGGUCAAAUUGAGAAAAGGUCAGUUUUCCAUUGUGAAAUAUCUCAUCGGAGAGACGAUUCGUUGCUAAAUCCAGUCACAAAGCACACGAUUUCUGAUUACGGGACUGCUCACUAAUGUUUAAACUAGUGCCUGUGUGAUAGUUACUGAUAAUUUAUUUUAGGAAAAUGUUUCGCUUGAGAAUUAUAAUUGACGGUUUACGGAUUGUAGUUGCAUCAGCAUUCUGAUACAUAAAGCUCUCCAUUUAAGCUUUGUACCUCACCACAUGUUUAAAAAUGUUGCCAAAUCACUUAAAUACAGCUAGCAGUUGGGCAGCUAAAUUUUUUUUGUCGUUUAUAUACCAAAGUAUAAAACA